AUGAUUGGAAGCGUCUGCAAGCCUGUUUCUUCAUUUGAUAAAGAUCUUUUCUUAUCACUUGUGGAAUCUACAGUGGCAUGCGCCGCUUUUACAGAGUAUGGGUAUGAUCUUAGAAGUGCUGUAGGAUUUGAAGAAAAAACAUUUUAUGUAAAUUUACCAUGAAGAACUCAUGGAGUUACUGUCUUAGGAGGAGUCAUUUUAAUCAAUUCAAUAGCCAAGCAAAAAACACCAUUCUGUAAGUGUGUAAAAAUAAUCGCCUACUUGCAUGAAUUAGCCCAUGCUUUGAGAAAAACCGAAAAUGGCCUGUAUUCAUUUGAAAAUCAUACUCCACAAAAAGAUGAAUCAUUUUUUGAGGGUUACCCUAUGGCUAAGAGAGAAGAUAGAUUUCCGAAAGAAGCAGCAAAGAAAGAAGGAGGAAUGCAACUAGAGUCAAUCUUGUUUGGGAACUUUGUAAAUAAAGUAAAUGAUGAACAGAUAAACUUUAUUACUAAUAUAAACAAUUGGAGUAUGAAUUUAGAUGAGUUUAAAUCAGAAUUAGCAAAGCUCAACUCCGGUUCAUCAGCUUACUAUCAAUUAUGCAGAGAUCAGUACUACUCUAUUGAUAGAGAACCCCAUACAAAUCCUUUAUUCUGGAGCAAGUAA